CCCACCAAGCAUUGACAUCAUUUCCUGUCAUGAAAAUACCGGAAAAGAAAGAAUAACAUGAGGUAGCGUCGGUAAAAUACUAUUAGCAACAAGUUUAGACAUAUUACACAGAGCUACGAUCACUGCUAGAUAGUCUGGUUAAGAUGCCAGUCCUCUGUAGCAGUUGUGCUGAGAAGCGUGCAGUGCUGAAACGUCCAAAGACGGCCCAUUCCCUGUGCAAGGAAUGCUUCUUCUGGGCCUUUGAGGAGGAGGUGCAUCAGACAAUAGUCUCAGCGCAGCUCUUCAAACAUGGAGAAACUGUGGGCAUUGGUGCCUCGGGUGGGAAGGACUCCACUGUGCUGGCGCAUGUCAUGAAAGUCCUAAAUGAGCGCUAUAACUACGGCCUGAAACUACUGCUACUGUCAGUGGAUGAGGGCAUCACAGGUUACCGUGACGACUCCUUGGAGACAGUGAAGAGGAACCAGCAGCAGUAUGAGCUGCCUCUGAAGAUUGUAUCCUAUGAGGAGCUGUAUGGUUGGACCAUGGAUGCCAUAGUGAAGCAGGUUGGACUGAAGAACAAUUGCACUUUCUGUGGAGUGUUCAGAAGGCAGGCGCUGGACAGGGGAGCCAUGAUGCUGAAGGUUGAUAAGAUAUGUACAGGUCACAACGCUGACGAUGUGGCAGAGACAGUUCUGAUGAACGUCCUCCGAGGAGACAUCGCCCGUCUGCGUCGCUGCACUGCUAUAAGCACAGCGAGCGAGGGCGAAGGGGUGGUGCCACGCUGCAAGCCCCUCAAAUAUGCUUACGAGAAGGAGAUUGUCCUCUACGCCUACUUCAAGAAGCUGGACUACUUCUCCACAGAGUGCAUCUACUCCCCCAAUGCUUACAGAGGCCACGCCCGCACCUUCCUGAAAGACCUGGAGGCUGUGCGGCCCAGCGCCAUCAUGGACGUCAUCCACUCUGGCGAGAACCUGUCAGUGAGGGAGGGCGUGAAGAUGCCCGUUCAGGGGACUUGCGGCCGCUGUGGCUACAUCUCCAGCCAGGCGCUGUGUAAGUCCUGUGUGCUGCUGGAGGGCCUGAACCGCGGCCUGCCCAGACUAGGAAUCGGAAAGCACCACCGUCUCCACGAGAAGAUCCUCUCACAGCAGCCUCUGACCCAGGAAGAGGAGAGGAAGCUCAAGGCUGUGGACUUCUGAGAGGCCACUCCAGGCCCGGUUUCCCGACAGCGAUGGAACUUACAAGUGUAUUAACGAUGCAUCUUUCCGACAACGGCUGAAGAUGUAACAUGAGUUUCCCAAAACACCACGCAGAGAGAACGCUCACUAAGUGCGUCGUUGAGGCAUGUGACGAUACUGAUAGAAUCAAAAGAAAGGUAACACUGCUCUCGGAUCAGAGUUCUCCAUUCAAAUCUGACUUUAACAUUCAAAUUAUUCCACAAUACUGACAACGGACCAGCUCUUAGAGAUAUUAUCACCUAAGGCUACAAAUAUUGAGGCGGCUUAUUCUAAUGCUCACCCUAUAAUAAUGCAUUAAAUCAGGAUUUGGCACAUCAUUAAAUAUAUGGAGGAAAAAAUGAAACAGUAGUGUACAAAUAGAAAAAUAGAAGUCAAUUAAUUGAACAUGAAAUAUAUUUCAAUAUAAUUGAAAGAGGCCUAUAGCCUACUGAAUUUCCAUUUGAAUGCAGUCAUCUCCGUUGGAAUGUGAAGCAUCUUUGUAUACGUUGAUUGUUUGUAUCAAUUGCAAAGACAUUGGCAACUUUGUAUUUGUAGUCAACGUUGUUCGGAAGUUAUCGGUGGUUACAGAGAGAUAGAUAAACCAUGUGAUUCAAGUUUCAGCAGAGAUCCUCUAUAUAACGGGAGGGCAAAAAAAGCGUUGAACGACAAACUUAGUGGUCCUGCGAGUGGUCUGAGGCAGGCAUUAGAUUACAAGUGUUUUAAAUGCAACGUUAAUAACGAUGGUUUUGGGAAACGGCUCAGAGAUUUUAACGAUGCUCCUACGAAGGUUCUAGCUAUGAAUUUAGGCUUAAGAUGCUUUUGGGAACCGGGCCCUGAGCAGUCCAGCAACUCUCCUUGAACCAUUCCUGGGUACUUUUGAUGUGUGUUUGGGGUCGUUGUCCUUCUAUAAGACAGAAAGAUUUUUUGUGGACACUGGAUGAUUAUUGGACACUAAAACACCGUGGUAAUCUGCUGAUUACAUGAUGUCUUGCACACAUUCAAGGCCCCCAGUUUCCUAGGCAGCAAAGCAAACCCACAGCAUUUUUCGAACCUCCCCAAUUUUUUGAUUGAAGGGAGGGUGUUGUUUUCUUUGAAUGCUUUUGUCAUUGGUAAACAUAGUAAGCCACGCCUAGGAGACGAGAAAGCCUGGUGGAACAUCUCCAAACAAGGCAAAAUCCUGGGGGAAAUGUUAUGUGGUGUUUUUACUGACAACCAAAUCAAGCAUUCAAUGAAAAGAACUCUCUACAAUCAAUGAUGAGUGACGUCUGAUGAUUCUGUGGGGUUGCUUUGCUGCCUCAGGUACUGGGGGCCUUGAACGUGCAGGCAUCAUAAAAUCAGCAGAUUAUCAAGUGUUUUGGAAAUCCAAUGUACAACCCAGCAUCCAAAAGCUGUCUCUGCAUUGAAGGUUGUGGGUCUUCCAGCAGGGCAAUGACCCCAAACACACAACAAAAAGCACCCAGAAAUGGUUGAAGAAAAGAUGCUGGACUGUUCUGGAGUGGCCAGCGAAAGUCCAGAUCUGAAAUGGGGAAUAAUUUAAGAAAAGUCCAAGGAUGCCAAUGUAUAUUUGGCUGCAACUGUAAAUGAUCUGUAUAGACAGUAUAUGAAUAGAAAGGUGUGUACAGCAGUAGUUGUAUAUGAUGAGCCAUGAUUAGAAUGCAUUGUGUAAACAUUAUUAAAGUGUUCAGUGACUAUGUGCAUAGGGCUGCAGUCUUUAACGUGCAGGGUAGAGUACCGGGUGGUAGCCGGCUAGUGACAGUGUCUAACGUUCAGGGCAGGGUAACGGGCUGAUGGCCUGGAGAUAGAAGCUGUUUUUCAGUCUCUCGGUCCCAGCUUUGAUGCACCUGUACUGUCUCCACGUUCUAGAGCACAUGUUGAGCUCAUUCUACGGUGGGCCAAGUGUCUGCUGGUUUUUGCUCCUCCCUUGUGCUUUAUUGAUGAAUUAAGGUCACUAAUUAGCAAGGAACUCCCUUCGCCUGGUUGUCUAGGUCUUAAUUGAAACUUAACCUGCAGACGCUCUGUCCUCUGUGGAAUGAGUUUGAGACUGCUGUUCUAGGGGGUAGCGGUUGAGCAGGGUCUAAAUGGUGAAGUGAGAAUGAUAAAUGAUGUCUUUCUUGCAAUUUCUGGAAUCCAAAUGCAAUUUACAUUCAGCUAUGUGGUCAGUGAGUCAGUGCAUUAUGAAACUUCUGUCAGCUGAUGAUUGAAAUACAAGUGCAUUUUGUAUGGUAACUGUAUAUUAAAGCUAUUCAACUUUU